CUCAAACAAGAGCUGAAAUAUAAUUAUAAGUAAAUGUCAUCGCGAGACAAGAAGAUACGAAAUUAAGAUGGGAGAAGAGGCCCCUACGCCGCCGUCACCGUCACCAGUAGAUCAGACAGUAGAGAAGCCAUGGCAUUCUUACAUCUCGGAGGAUCUGCCCCGUACCGUCCAGCAGUCCACGGACUCCGCCAUUCGCUCUGCCCGCUCACUCCAGCAAUCAUCUUCAACACAUCUCCGCACGAUCCAAGAUUUUAUCCCACAAAUAAGAUCCCGUUACAAAACUCACGAAGAAGCUUUCUUUCACAAAGCUAAAGAUGAAUUAAAUAGAGCAAGAGAACACCCAGCUGUGGCUGGUGGAGUUGCUGUUACAGCUGCCCUCCUCCUUAUGCGUGGCCCUAGAAGGUUUAUGUUCCGACAUACACUGGGCCGACUUCGAAGUGAGGAGGCACAAUUCAUCAGAGCAGAAAAGAAUGUCAAAGAAUUGAGGCUUUCUGUUGACUUAAUGAAGAAGGAGAGCAGAAAGCUUCUUGAAAGAGCGUCUCUCGCUGAAAAGGAUAUGAAACAUGGCCAUUUCGACCUAAUGACCGCUGGAACUCAAUUUCAAAAUCUUGCAAGAUCAGUUUACAAAGCAGAAGCUGGAGCUGCUGAUUUGAUGGAUCUGCUGCGCGAGACUCCUGGAAGGGAGGCUCUAAAACUACGAGCAGAUGUUGCUUCCAUGGCAUCAUACCUCCGCCAACAAAGGACAUUGAUAGAUAAAAAGAUGAUAAGGAUUUCAGAAUUAGGCAUUCCUGUGUGAGAGAUUCUGACUAUAGUAACGUUGUUGACAUGGAUUCCAUAUUAUCUUUCACUUUGAUCCCAUUAAAAGUUGGAUGGAUGCUUUAAACUUGUUAUUUCGGCAGCAGCUUCACUCUUGGUGAUUUAUAAGGACCAUAGGACAACGUGACUGUUAUCUUGUUCUUUUGCAUGUAUGAAAUAAAAUUUCUUAUACUAUUGACCGAAGGGCAUAUUGUGUGGAAUUUACAACAAUGUUCUCUAAAA